AUGGAAAGAGGAAACCAAACAGAAGCUGACAACUUCAUCCUCCUGGGAUUCACAGACGACCCUGACCUGCAGUCCCUCCUCUUUGGCCUUUUCCUGUCCAUGUACCUGGUCACUGUGCUGGGGAACCUGCUCAUCAUCCUGGCCACCAUCUCAGACUCCCACCUUCACACACCCAUGUACUUCUUCCUCUCCAACCUGUCCCUGGCUGACAUUGGCUUCACCUCCACCACCAUCCCCAAGACUCUCAGGAACAUCCACACUCACAGCAAAGGGAUCACCUUUGCAGGCUGCGUCUCACAGAUUUAUUUUUUUGUUUUGUUUGGAUGCCAGGAUAAUUUGCUCUUGACAGUGAUGGCCUAUGACCGCUUCUUGGCCAUCUGUCACCCCCUGCACUACAUGGUCAUCAUGAACCCACGGCUCUGUCUGCUCAUGGCUCUGGGGUCCUGGUUGGUCAGUGUCCUGGGCUCCCUGCCAGAGACCUUGACUGUCUUGAGGCUGUCCUUUUGCACAAAUGUGAAAAUCCCUCACUUUUUCUGUGAUCUUCCUGAGGUUCUGAAGCUCGCCUGCUCUGACACACUCAUCAACAAUGUAGUGGUGUACUCUGUGACCAUCAUCCUAGCUGUUUUCCCUCUCAGUGGCAUCCUCCUCUCCUAYUCUCAGAUUUUCUCCUCCAUCCUGAGGAUCUCAUCAGACAGAGGCAAGUACAAAGCCUUCUCCACCUGUGGGUCUCACCUCCUGGUGGUCUCCUUGUUCUACGGCACUGGCCUUGGGGUCUACCUCAGUUCUGCUGCURCACCAUCCUCUAGGAUGAGUCUCAUGGCCUCAGUGCUCUACACCAUGCUCACCCCCAUGCUGAACCCUUUCAUCUACAGUCUGAGGAACAGGGACAUCAAGGUGGCUCUGGGGAGAGUCCUCAGAAAGAUGGUGCCUCUCAACUAA